CCUAUUUUUUAUGAUAAACUUAUUAAAUAGGCAUCAUUAUGGUUGAAAUUUCGAAAAGUGACAUGAGGUCGGCAAAUUUAUCAACUGUCCAUAAAACAGACGACAAAGAAAUGUGCGAGAAGGAAAAAGGCGGAGUACCAGCAGAAUAUCACCCCCUACAGAAAACUUGGUCUCUAUGGUUCAAAAAAGAUCAACCAGGAGCAUCGUGGGUUGGUGGGCAGAAAAAAGUACACUCUUUUCAAACAGUUGAAGAUUUCUGGUCACUGUUCAACUACAUCCAGCCGGCGAAUCAGCUGACGAAGGGAUCAGACUACUCGCUGUUCAAGGAGAACAUAGAGCCCUCGUGGGAGGAUGCGGCCAACAAGAAUGGGGGCAGAUGGAUAGUCACAAUCAACAAGGCCAAAGUGGAUGAGAAAACCAACAUCGACAAGUACUGGCUCGAAACGGUGCUGCUGUUGAUUGGGGAGGGCUUCGAGGACUGUCUGGGGGAUCUGGUGGUGGGGGCAGUGGUGAGCAUAAGGGGCAAGUACAACAGAGUGGCUGUGUGGAUCACCACCACAGACAAGGACGCCACAAACUCCAUCGGAGAGACAUUCAAGAACAGACUGAAGAUCCCCACCGGCACCAGCAUACACUUCCAGACGCACAAAGAUGCGCAGCACCAGACAAGUAGUGCAAUGAGGCACAUGUACGUCUUAUGACGUCACACCACCACAAACUCACACUUAAACCAGCCCAACCCCCCCUCUCCCCUCCCUCCUCCAUCUACAACCCCACAAUGACCCACAUCUGUUUGAGACAACGGACAACAUGCUGCGAGAAGAGAUAGAGAGAGAUGAGUGAAGAUCUACAGAUGAAGAAGAUAAGUUAUCUUUUGUGGGCUGUUCAAUUGAGAGGGAGUUGGUUUAACCUAUUCGCCAUCCUUUCUCUUUCUUACUCGCAUUCAUCGUGUGUUGCCCAGACACUUGAAACGAAAAGACAAGAAAAGAAAGGAAGAGACGACGAAAUAGCAGCAGCAGACUCGAUUCUCCAUUAAAACUACUAAAACUAAUUUGAUGAUGAUGGUGGUUUGCUAUAUAAUGAUAUAUAAUGCAGUCAGUACUGUACAAAGGCAGUGUGGCACAGUUUAUGUGCAGCACAACCAAUUGUACAGCACUAUAUUUUGUACAUUGCAACAUAGUGUGCUUAAUUUGAUUUGAUUGAAGCGAAAUCGGUUUAAAAAAAAAAGAAGCAAGAUGUGAAGUAUUUUGGGCUCAGUUAAGUCAACUACACAUCCACUCAACAAUACUUUACGACUAUUAUGGAUGGAAGUCAAUGAACUUUCUUACAAAAUGCUAUCAAAAGAUAGAAAAGGAUUUGUUUCUUCUGCUAUGCUUUCCCAAAUGAAUACUUCAACUAACUUGGCCAAAACGCUUGAAUCUGAUGGUUGAAAUUAAUUACUACGAAAUGUAAUUUAAACAAACUAUUGCAAGAUUAGGGCGUAUUUCAGAACAGCGCAUCAAAUACCUGACGAUCAAAUCAGAUACGUCCAAAUAUAAAUGAAAUAGUCGA